UCGAAGAGAAAAGUGUAAACUCACGGAUGCUAUCUAAAGUCGUUCUCGGAUUUGCUUGAAUUUUAUUCAACUUUCGUAGCGAAUCAUGGGUCAAAACCAAUCAGCUGGAGGCAGCGGUGAUAAAAAGGAUGAUAAGGAUAAAAAGAAGAAAUAUGAGCCACCAAUCCCAACGCGCGUCGGGAAGAAGAAACGUAAGUCCAAGGGCCCAGAUGCUGCAAUGAAAUUGCCGCAAGUCACUCCGCACACCCGAUGCCGCCUAAAGCUACUCAAACUGGAACGUAUCAAGGACUAUCUUCUGAUGGAGGAAGAAUUCAUUCGCAAUCAGGAACGCCUGAAGCCUCAGGAUGAGAAGAACGAAGAGGAACGUUCCAAGGUUGACGAUCUGCGAGGAACGCCUAUGUCUGUUGGAAAUUUAGAGGAGAUAAUCGAUGAUAAUCAUGCGAUUGUUUCCACCUCGGUCGGAAGCGAGCACUACGUAAGCAUACUGUCUUUUGUUGACAAAGAUCAACUGGAACCAGGAUGUUCGGUUUUGUUGAACCAUAAGGUGCACGCCGUUGUGGGAGUACUGGGGGAUGACACCGAUCCGAUGGUUACCGUAAUGAAGCUUGAGAAAGCUCCUCAAGAAACUUAUGCUGAUAUCGGAGGAUUGGACACCCAGAUUCAAGAAAUUAAAGAAUCUGUUGAGUUGCCUCUUACUCAUCCGGAAUAUUACGAAGAGAUGGGUAUCAAACCUCCAAAAGGUGUUAUCCUGUAUGGUCCUCCAGGAACUGGGAAAACUUUGCUCGCCAAGGCAGUGGCUAAUCAAACAUCAGCCACAUUUUUGCGUGUAGUGGGUUCUGAACUGAUCCAGAAGUAUUUGGGUGAUGGUCCCAAGUUGGUUCGCGAACUGUUCCGUGUUGCUGAAGAACAUGCUCCCUCGAUUGUCUUUAUUGACGAAAUCGAUGCCGUUGGUACAAAACGUUAUGAUUCCAACUCUGGUGGAGAACGAGAAAUUCAAAGAACAAUGUUGGAGCUGUUGAAUCAACUUGAUGGAUUCGACUCGCGUGGGGAUGUGAAGGUCAUUAUGGCAACUAAUCGUAUUGAAACGCUCGAUCCAGCAUUGAUUCGUCCUGGUCGUAUUGACCGUAAGAUCGAGUUCCCUCUGCCAGAUGAGAAAACCAAGCGUCGAAUUUUCAACAUUCACACUGCUCGGAUGACAUUGGCCGGGGACGUGAAUCUUUCGGAGUUGAUCAUGGCCAAGGAUGACCUUUCAGGAGCCGAUAUAAAGGCGAUUUGUACCGAGGCAGGUUUAAUGGCCCUUCGCGAACGCCGUAUGAAGGUUACAAAUGAAGACUUCAAGAAAUCCAAGGAAAGUGUACUUUAUCGCAAGAAAGAAGGCACUCCGGAAGGAUUGUAUCUCUAGGUUCCACAAUAUUUUCUAUGCAUUAGCCGUAUUAUAUUCAGAUUUGCGUUUGUGUAAUCGGAAGGACUUAAUAAAACUAAAUAAAAUCAA